GCAGGUCCUGGGGUUAAGCAGGAGAGGUCUGAAGGAGAGGAUGAUCCACGACACAACAGAGACAUCCAGACUGGAGCAGCGGCUGGAGUGGCACCCCCUAUAGCCACGGAGGACCCCACCACCCUCCCAGUGCAGCCCAGGAGCCGACACAGCAUCACGGAGGUCAGUGGAACGCCGAACACCGUCCUCAAGUCAGAGACAGAUACAGAGACUUUAACGGUGCUGGAGCGACUGGGCUGUCCUCCUGCUCCCUGCUCAGAGUAUUUACUUCACGGUAAUCUGAGCCCGAGGACGGUUCUGUCCCAUCAGGACUCAGGUGACGCGUUACAGACUGGCAAUGAUCUGUCCUGUUCAUAUGCUACAGAGACACAGAUGAUACCUGGUGACAUGCCUGUGGGCUUAGAUACACAGACUAAUCCAAUGAGAGGGGACUGGAACCAGUACAGUAGUAGUGUAUACUCUGAAAGGUACCUAGAUAAGAAAGGGGAGGGUCCGGUCGAAGAUGAGGUGACUGUGAAAGUGGAGGGCGACACUCCUCUGAUAUGGAAUCCAGACGAAACUCACUUAGGAGAACGACACUCGCAGGGCAACAACAGUGACUUCUUAGACUACAGGAAAAGCUUAGAGACAAAUCUAAAUGUCRCGACCCACUCCCCUUUACACGUGUUCAGGGAAUGCGACCCAGUGUCAAUGUCGAUGGGGCCUUCUGAUUCACACGGCCACGUCCUUUUUGAUCAGGUAUUGAACUCAGACGACAGGGCGAGAGCCCAGGUUCAGGGAGGGGGCGCAACAUCAGGCAAUAGUAAAGAGAAACCGUUCCUCUGCAUGUUUUGUAACAAAGGCUUCAGCUGCCUCCAGAAGGUGGAGAUUCACCAGAGGGUCCACACAGGGGAGAAACCCUUCAACUGUACCCAGUGUCAUAUGCGCUUCGCUGAGGCUGGCAACCUGAAGAGGCACCAGAGGGUCCACACAGGGGAGAAACCGUUCGUCUGCCACCUUUGCCGGGCCAGUUUCUCCCACUCGUUCAACCUGAAAAGGCAUCAGAGGGUCCACACAGGGGAGAACUCUACAGCGGCCCCCAGUGUGAGAAGAGGUUCUCCCACCAGCACCAGCUGAAAAUGCACUUGAAGGUCCACACGGUAGAGAGGCCCUUUGCCUGUAAGCCUUGCGGGAAGAGGCUCUCAGAGAAGAGAUACCUCAGGAUACACCAGCAGAAAACCAUUCAACUGGAUAGCUGCUGACGUUUAGAUCAAACCCUGCAUGAAAGACAAAGUUUAAUUUUCAUUGUUGUCAGCAGAAAAUAUCCACAGAUGUAUCUGGAAUAACGAGAGUGACAGAUUUCAAUGUUCAAUAUUUCUGGGUAGAAUAUUGCAUCCAGACAUUGUGUGAGAUAUAUAUAUAUAUAUACAG